GCGAACAAUGUACAUGCUUAAUCUUAAUCGAUCGCGGGGUUGAUUUACUGAGUGCCAAGCUGCCAAAGCAGCGAUACAUCUCGAAAUGGAUCACAACACUUUAAAAACCCCAGAAAUACAUCCUCUCGAGCGCACUCGCUCCUGCGACGUGGAACCGAAACAACCAGCCAAUAUACCAAAUGUCCUUGAGCAUGCAUUACAAAAUAUCGAUACAACCACGACGACAGCCGCUACAAUCACGACAACAGCAAAAGUAACAAGAGUCUUGACCAAAGAUGAUGUGAAAUAUCUGUUUUCUGGAGCGCCGCAUUUCAUUCUCGAGAAAGGGAGACAUAAUCACUGGUAUCCUCAUGUAUUGUUCCCCUGGGAUACGAGUUUACCGAUUCAAGAUUUGUGGGAUAGAGAGCAACUGCGUCAUGAAUCCUUUACCUUGUCGACGCUACAUGCCCAUCUCCCGGUGCCGACGACUGUGCAUUCGGACGCAUCAAAAAGACAAAAGGGAUGGGAAUACGAAGAAGGCGUCAAACGAUCCACCUACGAUCUCGGCAUCUUCGAAGUCCCCAACAUGCUCUCCAUAAACGGCAAGGAACCCGGCGCAGUCGGAUUUCGCCAUUUCCUCGAACUAGCAACUGCCGAUGCGGUGCGAUACAAACCCGCUGUUCCAACCAAGGGCAGCGACACUAUAAAUCCGCAUCUUUUGUCGAGUAUGCCCUUGACAGAAGCGUUUGAUACGUUGAGUCAUUUGAAGGAUCCUUAUUCGUUGUGUAAUCACCAAGCGGUCGUAUUGGAUCGACAUAAACUGUUAUGUGAGGGACCGCCGGCUUGGAAACGGCUUGGUGUGCGCGAUGCGAAUGUUAGGGAUAUUGUGGAGAGGCUGGAGUAUCUUGCUAAUUUUCGACUUAAUGCGAUCAAGCAACCACCCGUGGACGAAUCGUCGGGAAGGAAGAAGAUAAUCACAAUCCUAGACAAGGAAUCGCCGGAGAUGUUACACAAGGGGCUUUUUACGAAAUUCUUAUUUCCGCCCCCUCAUGGCUGGACGCAUCACGAACAUGACGAGCUCAAAGCUCAGAUUGAAGUGCUUACCCGAGUUCUCGCUGUCAAGGGUGCUUGGAUUGAUAUGAGUCUUCCGGAAUGGCGGUUACGUGUAGGACAAUUACUUUGGGAGAAGCCUCCGCACGCAGAUGGAGAUUGUAUGGACUGUUUGAAGGAUGCGAACACAAGACCUGAAGAAAAUAAAAAGGGGAAAGCACCUCCUUUGUGUUUGAAUCAGGGUCUCGAAAGAAAGUGGCUGUUGAUACAGCUUCUUCUAGCCGGAGAACUUCUCAUGCGUCUCGAUGCUAUUGUCCAACUGGCUGUUUUGCAACACUCAAGAACUAUAACCGUCACAGCGCAGGAUAUGCGUGAACUCGACAGUUUACGACAUGGCAAGGUCAACUGGGAUAUUCUCUUCUUUCAGCGGGCGUCUGAUAAUCUGACUUUUAAAUAUCUGCCUUCGAAUAUCGUACCGGCUUCGGCUAGUUCGUCUGCGCAGCCACCACAAAAGAGUGGGACAUCAUCCCCACCUCCAGAGACGAAACCACUUGGUGGCUUGCGGUCGAAAUUCGGUAGUAUAUCUCAGCACUUACCCCUACGACGUACCAAUUCCACACGAAUAGGACUAGAGAAUACAUCCCAUGAACAGUCUUCUUGCGAAUCUAUCUGGGACAGCGUCGUCGUUCUUCCACGCCGUCCAGAGAGUCAACUCAAGGGUCUCGCCAUGUUUGCGGAAAAGAUUGGCUGGCCCGGUCACGAGACACUCGAAGCAAGAAUCAGAUCAAGCUUUUCACAUACUAACGGAGAAACAGUACAUGCUCUUACCUCUGACUUACCAGUCAAAAGCGCUAUAGCGUCAAGGACGUUUCCGAAGAAGGAGGCUUAUUGCAGAAGUCCAUCGCAUCGAUACGUGGUCCUUAAUAAAUCGGAAAGCACGGCCGAGAAUCACAACACAAAUACCGGAGGAUGGCUUACUCGCUCAUGGCUCUCAGGCCUCAUAAUGCCGGGCGAAAGCAUCCACCAAUUCCUAAUGUCUACAAUCCUUGAGAACGAUCCUACGGCACUCCAGGCAGUAGGAACAGUAGCCAAUCUAUACGGCGGAUUAAGCUAUGGCGAUGAAUGGACAUGGUGGAGCACGAAAUGCAUCGUUGGUAGAGUAUUAGCUGCUCUACCCGGCUCAAAAAUAUGCAUGGGAUGGGUUAGAGUGAGCACGACUCCGGACGUUGAGCAAGCCAAACUCAAGAAUACCUGGAUCUCCGUGGAGGGGAUCCAGGAGCCUCUUCAGAAGAAUAUGCGGAUUCGGCAGGGGAUGAAAAUAGCGAGUGAAUCCAAUCCACUGGGCAAAGGGCGGGUGGCUAGUGAUACAUUCACCAUUCCGAUUGACGAAGGAGAUAACGAUUUGAUUUCGGGGUUUGAUGUGAAAAUGGAUAAACUCAUACUCGUUCGACAGAGCUUGCCGGUGGAAUGUUGUACAGCAGAAGCUAUCAAAGAUGUGUUCACUGCAGGCCGAACUUCGAUCUCAUUUCAGGUAGCAACCACGCCUGAGCCAUCUACGAUCACUUUCCAGCUAAAGUAUAACGUCGCGUUCAUCUCGUCGUAUACGUGUCGAACACCGCGCGGAUCGGUCACGCAUCAUAUGCUGCACGGCGACAGCGAGGAGAUACAUGAACAUGACAUGCAAUCGCUACAUGGACAUCCACAUCUACCAGGCCAUCCGUUACACAAUUCAUACAAAUACAAAUACGUGCCUCUCAGGGAUCUGCAUUCGGAUACAGUCCCGCCUAUCAUCAGUUUUCCGGCAUCUAAAGAAUCAUCUCCCUCACGCAGUAAUGUUCGCUACCUUAUGAAUCACGAUACGAAACCGGCACAAAAUAAUACUAAUAAAAAAGAUGAAAAAUCUGCCACGUUGGACGAAAAAGAAAUGGAACCAAUAUGGAUCCUGGAUGCGCGCUCUUCGACACACGAUAAGGAGGUGUUUGCGCGUUCUUGGUGUGCGGCUGUGGGUGUGCAUGCACUCAUUGGAAGGGUUGGGAGGACUUGUCUGGCAUGUUGCAUAAGAGAGGCGAGGGCGAUUGGGGUUGGGGUUGUGAUUCGAGUUUAAACUCAAUGUUCCUGCGUGAUGGUGGUUUAUGAUCUGAGAUAUCCUUGUUGGAAGCUACCUAUAGUUUUUACGAUGAAAUGACCUUAAUUAAUUGUAAUAGUAUCUAAUAAAUAAAGAGUUGUAUUUGC